GACGGCAGCGGCAGCAGAUGCGUGCCGUCCCCGCAGAGUCAGGCAGGGUGGCUUGCCAUGAUGGGAUCAAGUGGUUUCAUGCUAACGAUGGCCCGUUCGCCCCUGACAACAGUGACGGAGCGGAUGACGAAGAGCGUGAGCGCGACAUGGUCGUUGCGCCGACUGGCACCAACAGGCCGGCCCCCCGAGCGCCCACUGGGCAAGAGAUGGAGGACGCCUUCCGGGCCGCAG